AUGGCGCGUGAUCGUCUUGCGGCCAUGAGGGCCCAACAAGCCGGUGGAUACGGAGGCUACGGCGGAGGCAACAACGGCUAUGGAGACCACUCGUACCCAACACAGCAGCAGGGCGCUGCUCAGGCCGGUUACGGUCAACCUCAAGCAGGCUACGCUGCGCCACCUCAGCAGCAGCCCCAGCAGCAGGUCGCUUACGGAUACGGCCAGCAGCAGCCAGGCUACGCUGCUCAGCCCCAGCCCGGUGCCUACGGCGCGCCUCAGCAGGGUGGCUACGCCGCUGUCCCCGUUGCAGGCCAGGACUCUUACGAGAUGCAAAGCGUCGCCUCCGAAAAGCCCGCUGGCGACAUGAACUCGUUCUUCACCGACAUCUCCGAGAUCCAGGACACCAUCCGCCUCAUCGACGAAAACGUCAACAAGAUCUCCGACCUCCACUCGCGAUCGCUCAACAACAUGGACGAGGCCUCGGCGCAGUACGCCGAGCAGCAGCUCGCGUCGAUCCAGCAGGAAACCUCUUCGCUCACCAACGCGGUCAAGAACCGCAUCAAGCUGUUGGAAGCGCAGACCAAACGUGUGCCUGCGGGUGGGGACAAGAACGUGCGUAACACCCAGAUCGGUGCGGUGAAGAACCGAUUCAAGGAGACGAUCCAGCGGUAUCAGCAGGUGGAGCAGGGGUAUCGGCAGAAGUACCGCGCGCGCGCCGAGCGUCAGUUCCGCAUCGUCAAACCCGAUGCUACGCAACAGGAAAUCAAGGCUGCGCUGGAUGACGACCAGAACGGCCAGAUCUUCUCCCAGGCACUGCUCAACUCGAAUCGACACGGCGAAGCCAAGGGCGCUCUGCGCGAGGUGCAGGAACGCCACGAGGACAUCAAACGGAUCGAACGUACGAUUACCGAAUUGGCUCAGCUGUUCAACGAGAUGAGCAUCCUCGUCGACGAACAGGACGACGCACUCAACGUCAUCCAAGAACAAGGCCAGCAGGUCGAAACGGACAUGAAUCAGGGUCUGCAGCACACCAACAAGGCCGUCGAUUCCGCCAGGAAGGCGAGGAAGAAGCGCUGGAUCUGCUUCUGGGUCAUCAUCAUCCUCAUCAUCGCCAUCGCCGCCGUCGUCGUCGCAGUCAUCUGCACCAGACCCGGCAACUGCGGUCAGAGCAAUGGAAACAACAGGAGGAGUCUCGUCGCCAGGGCCGUGCUCUACGGCCAGGGUAUGUGGAUCGAAAAGAUGGACAGCAGGGCCAUGUUGCUCCCCGACUUGGGGAUUUAG